AUGUCUAAAAUCAUGAGCUUCAAAAUCCUCUUCCUAAUCACUCUAUCACAUCUUCUUCUCCAAACAUCGGCCCGCAAAUGCUUUCUCACGAACGAAUACACCGUUCAUGUGGUGACCUUCCUCCCCGAGGACUCUCCGCCACUGGAGUUUCACUGUGCAUCUGGAGACGAUGAUCUCGGAAAUCAUAAGCUUACUAAAUUUGGCACCGAAUACAAGUUUUCGUUUUGCGAUAACAUAAGACACAACACUUUGUUCUUCUGUACUCUCAAUUGGGGUAAGAAGAAGAAGUCCUUCGACGUGUUCAGAUCGUCGUGGAGGAAUAAGUGUUCCUCCAGUAACUGCGUUUGGGCAGCUCAAGAAGAUGGUAUCUAUUUCACUACUAAACCACCUGUCUACAACAAAGAAUUUGAUUGGGAGAAUUAA